UUGCCGUCAACUCCUCCGCCGAUGUCGACGCUCAAAUCCAAACAACACUACCGCUGGCUGCCAUCCGCCAUUCCAAAUCGAAGCAAGAAGUCGCAAGCUGCCGCCCCCGCCUUCCGUCGCUUUCAGCUGCCACCGACCGCCAUUUCCCUCCUACGGUCGAGUUCAGCUGCCUCUUCAACACCGACAUUGCCACGCCAAAACGCCGACAGCUGCCUCCACCGGUCACCGCUGCAACAAUUUCGGGAGUGGAAAGAGCUAUUUGGCAAAAAUGUUACGCGGCCUUGAGGUUGAGCUAGAAUGGUGGCAAAGAAAGUGUUUAACCAAGACAUGUACUUCAAGAAGACUGUUAAGUUUGAUGGGAAGCCCAUGUCACAUUUGGAAUCGAUUGCUUCCUCAGCGGUAAGAGCAGCCAUCAAGGUGAAAGCUUCUGUUACUAUUUGCUUCACUUCAUCUGGAAGAGCUGCAAGACUAAUAGCAAAAUAUAGGCCAACAAUGCCAGUACUAUCAGUAGUAAUUCCUCGGCUCAAGACCAAUCAACUUAAGUGCUAGUUGUGCCCAUUCAUUCAGAACAUAGGUUGGCUAGAAAUAGGAUGCAAUAGCAAAUGGUGAUGUGUCAGACUACUCUCAAUCGGAAUAGGGAUCAAUGAAUCCUCUAGCUCUAAGAUUAUAGCUUCGAAUACUUUGUACUUGAACUCGUUCCACAUCUCGGCCCUCAACCGAAAAAUGAUGUCGUGGAGUUCUGCCAGCUCUGCCUUUCCCUAGCCAGGUAUGAUGUCUAUGAUGCAUGGUUUAGCUGUGCUUCUAAUCAGGUACGUUACUAUACGCUAAUUUCAUUUCUUUAACAUAUAUAUAUAUGGAAUCCAAUCCAAUCGCCAUCUCAGAUCAUCAGUAUUUCAUCUAUCGCACCAGAUAGACAGACAGAGCCCCAAUUCCUAGUAUUUAUGUUGUUUUUGAAUUGAGAUAUGAGAUAUGUAUGUGUAAUAUAAUGUAAUGUAGGUUGCGCAAGUUCUGCUGACACUGCCCUACUCAUUUUCGCAACUGGGAAUGGUGUCUGGAAUAAUGUUCCAGCUCUUCUAUGGGCUCAUGGGGAGCUGGACUGCUUAUC